CAUUACACUGCCUUGAGGUGUGCGGGAGAUUUGGCAUAGAUUAUCACGCAAUCAAGAAGCCACUAAAAAUAUCUUGAGUUGCUGAGCACACCUUUGCGCAUAGGGGUCUGGGUGUGGGUGGCUGGAUUCUUUGGGUUCUGUACUGUUCUGGGGGUGUAGCUGUAGGUUAUUUUCUAUUACUUUGGGUGUAACUAGAGUAGUUUCUUUGUAUUUAUCCUGAAAAUGACGGCUCAGGUAGACUACCUGGCGGUGUUGUUCACCACCACAUCUGGCGCGAGCGGAGACCUCUUGGGUUCGGACGAGAAGGAGCUCGUGCAGUUGGUGUGGCAGCUCGUGGAUUUGAAUAACAAAAAGGUCAUCUUUAAAAUAUUGUAUUUUAUUAAGAGAAUAUGAGAAUGACUAUUAUUAUUAUAGAAAGACAGUAUUCAUCCAGCAUAACCAGAAUGUGCAUUGUGUCAAAUGUGCGCUAUUUGGUUUAAAAGACGACCAACUUUGUUUUUCUGUUUAUGAGGUCUAAUGACAAAACUCUGAUCAUAAGUGUGUCAUAAGUCUCCUACUCCAUUUUUUUAAGUGUACACAGGCCUAUAGCCUAUGAAAAUGUGCAUUUGAUAAUGAAGUUUAUAUUUUAAAUGUACUGAAGUGUGUGUGUUUUUUCUCUGGUCCAGUUGGGGAAAGUGAAUGAGGUGUUAAUACGGCCUGAGCACUCCGACCUGGCAGAAGAUUGUCUGGGGGAGAGAGAGGAUGGGGAUGAAGUGGAGGACAGCGAGGAGUCUGUCUCUACAGUCACAGGCUUGGAGCACGCGCUAAACCAGGUACAUACAGUAUCUGUUGUCUCAUGAUUUUUUAUGAAAUACAUUUUUGACCUCACCAUAUUCUGCUUUGCCAUCCAUUCAUCCUUCAAUUGAAAUCAGGGGCACUAUGCAUUGAUUGGAGUUUUAUAACAAUUGAUUGUUUAUUUAGGCCUUCAUCCUGGGAUAUCUAAUUAUAAUUGGCUAAUAAUUCAUCUUAGUUUUAGAUCGCUAUAGCUUUGAUGGCAUUUUACUGUAUUUGAAUGAGAUCCACAUGGCUUGACAGCUUGAACUGACAGUCCUUUGAGUGAUGAGGAGGUGUGCAUCUUUAGAGCUUAGUAAUGCAAAUGAUCAACCAUUUGCAUAAUGAGGAUGAUACAACUAGCAGCAAUUAAAGUGCUUGUUCUCUGGUUGGUUAUCUGAAACCAAAAACCGUGUACUUUUUUUCUUUGUAUUUUUCAAACAAUAUAAACCAUAAGUAGACAAAAGACAAUAGACAGACAUACACACACAAACAUCAAUGACAACACACCAAAAAUGUAACAACAAGCCAUUCAAGUUGGACUGGUGUAAGCCUAUAUUUUGAUGUUUUUGUAAAUAUUUAUCUUUAUGGUAAUACUUUCCAUUAAGGUAGACUCAGUUUAAAUAGUCUAUAAACUGCAUUAAUUGGUUGUUUAUUAGUCAGUAGGAAACAUUUAUAACUCAUUGGUUGAAAUUGUAUACUGUGGUCAACGUUUUGGUGCUAAAUUCUGAGAUUAUAAAUGGCUGCAUUGUUAUUGAUCAUCACCAGAAAAAUGAUCACACUUUCAACCAAUAAAAUCUUAGUGGAUUUUCAAUAUUACCAAUGAGUUGUUCUGUAAUUGUUUAUUACAGAUGUAUUAUCUGAUCUUGAUUUUAAAGAGUUUACAUUGUAGCUAAUCUCUUCCUAUGUUUUAAACAGUUCCAUCUGAGAUUGACCAAUGAAGUGAACACCUUGGGCACGGGCACGUCAGUGUGUGUGUGUACAGACGGGCAGCUCCACAUUCGCCAGGUUCUCCACCCCGAAGCUGCAGACAAGGUAAGGGUACAGGCUGACAGGGCGGGGCAGAGCCUCAAGGUGAGGGCGGACACUUACCUCCACCAGAACCCUUUGGUUCUGGUCACAGAACCACAAAGAAAUGUGUUAUGUCAUCUCCUCUGUCAAGAUCCUGCUCUACAUGAUGUUAAAAUGUGAGGUUGUCUUGACGUAUUGUCUUGGCUUUGUUUGAACACGAACGCGCACACACACACACCGUUCUCUUAUUACAUCUUGUGUUCCUCCCCCCCUCACACCUAGUAUGAUACACAGACCCAUGGGGAACCUAACUUUAUUGACAUGAGUAAAUAUGUAAAUGACAGUAAUAAACAGAGCGUAGAUCCUGAUACCGACCCUACACCAAACAGCUGUCAAUGGUAGGCUACACAUGUUCUCUUCCUCCUCUCUACUGUUGAAUCAAUAAUAAUAAAUGUUUCCACGUCAUUUCAAUACAAUUACCUUGAACCAAUGUGGAAUAGACGUUGAAUUCACGUCUGUGCCCAGUGGGUAAUGUCUGCAAUUGUCUUCCUCUGCAGAACCUGGCACUGCCAGAAUGUUUCAACUCCUUUUUUGACCUGAGGAAAGAGUUCAGGAAGCACUUCCCCUCUGCAGACACCAAGAGCCUGGAGGUGCAGUACAUGGCUGAAUGUAUCCUUACAACUGAGAAACACAGCAAAGACACUCAUUAGCUAGUUGUCAAUUGGUUCAUUCUACAGCUUUGCAUGAACCCUGCUUCUGUGUGAGAGAGAGAGAGCACGAGAGUGUGUUUGUGUGAUACUUAAGUGAGCACCCCCCCCCACAAACACACUCCCAAGGGGGAGGCGUCUGCAGGCCACAGGGUGUUGGCUGUGGGACUAGAGGUUUUGAAAUGCAAAUAGAGACACAAUUGACAUGUCUCACUGUAGCUCAGAGAGUAACAGGCUGUGUGUUUAGCCAACAGGACCAGCCCUACACACCUACCAGGAAGCAGGACUAACACACACACACAUACACAUGCACACACACACGCACCUUGCUUGCUCCUCUCCUGGAGUUUUCUCCUUGACCACGGUUUCCUCAGCUCUCAGUGUAACUGUGGAGCCAGUAGCCAUGUUGGAUCCGACGCCAGUCACAGCAGCACUGCAGGUCCAGACCAUGGCCAACAUCGUCCUAGCCCUGCUAUCUGAACCCUUACGUGAGUAACACACUAACUUACACAAACUCUGACUUUUCUCACUAUGUUGUCAUUGUUGCUCAUCUUUGAUUUCUUCUCUGGUCUUCUGUUUGUUGUAGGUCACACAUUCUCAAACCCAGAGAGAGUCACUGAGAAGUUUGAAAGCGGCACUUGGUAAGUAGACUUGCUAAGAUAGAUUUGCAGUAAGGUAGAAGAUAUGAUACAAUUCAUUGGUGUUCUCACAUCAUUGGAUGGAGCGGGUGAGUGAUUUGACGCUAACUGGUGUGUGUCCGUGUGUGUGUAGCAGUAAGAUGGAGCGUGUGUGUGAUAACACGGUGAUCAGAGCGAGGGGGUUGCCUUGGCAGUCAUCUGACCAGGACAUCGCUCGCUUCUUCAGAGGACUCAACAUUGCCAAGUAUGUGUGUUCAGUGUCCAGUACUGUGUUGUCUGUUGUGUUUGACUCGUUGCUGUUAUGAUGGUGUGUAGUGUAUUGAAAUUGUUUUAAUAGCUGUAAUGCUGUGUGUUGUCCAGAGGUGGCGCUGCGUUGUGUCUGAACGCCCAGGGUCGGAGGAACGGAGAGGCUCUGGUCCGCUUUGUCAGUGAGGAACACAGAGACAUGGCCCUGCAGAGACACAAACACCACAUGGGCAACAGAUACAUAGAGGUAACCUGUUAAUAACCUAUUUCAACCUAUUACUGACCCUAACCCUAACCAACGAUACAUAGAGGUAACCUAGUAAUAUCCUAUUAUCAACCCAUUACUGACCCUAACCAACAAUACAUAGAGGUAACCUGUUAAUAACCUAUUAUCAACCUGUUACUGACCCUAACCCUAACCAACGAUACAUAGAGGUAACCUGUUAAUAACCUAUUAUCAACCUUUUACUAACCCUAACCCUAACCAACAAUACAUAGAGGUAACCUGUUAAUAACCUAUUAUCAUCAUUUUACUAACCCUAACCAACAAUACAUAGAGGUAACCUGUUAAUAACCUAUUAUCAACCUUUUACUAACCCUAACCAACAAUACAUAGAGGUAACCUGUUAAUAACCUAUUAUCAACCUUUUACUAACCCUAUCUAUGGUCCUGCUCAGACACUAACAACACCAAUAAAUACGUAGACGUAACCUGUAAAUAACAUCUGGAUCCCAAAGAGCAGGAGUUAAUGCCAUGUCUUUUCUGCUGCAGGUGUACAAGGCAACAGGAGAGGACUUCCUUAAGAUAGCAGGCAGUACCUCCAGUGAGGUGGCGCUGUUCCUGUCUCGUGAGGACCAGGUGAUCGUCAGGAUGCGAGGUCUUCCCUUCACCGCCACACCUGACCAGGUGCUGGCCUUCUUCUACCAGGGGGAGGGGCCUAAAGAGGCGUGUCCUGUCAGUGGUGACAAGGAUGGCAUCCUAUUUGUGCGUUUCCCUGAUGGAAGGCCUACUGGCGACGCCUUCGUCCUAUUCGCCAGUGAGGAGCAUGCUCAGUGCGCUCUCAGGAAGCACAAAGACAUCCUGGGGAAGAGAUAUAUUGAGCUAUUCAAGAGCACCGCCGCUGAGGUGCAACAGGUAUGAAGGGUUAUCUGUCUGUUAAGGUAAAACAGGUAUGUCUGUGUGUUGGGGGAGGGGUGUGUGUCUGUCUGUUAAGGUGCAACAGGUAGAAAGAGAGAGGGAGGGAGUGAGCGUGCAUGUGUGUGUGUUGGUGUGUGUGUGUUGGUAUAGUCCUGGUGGGGGUUUUCUGUAGGAAACCUAAGCAGAAGAUUUAAAGGUUUAAGGGUGUGACACAGAGCUUCAAUAGAGCAUGGGCAUUUACUCUAAUUAAGAACUGGAUGAGCGAGUGUGUGUCUGUGUGUCUGUGUCUGUGUGUGUGUGUGUGUGUGUGUGUGUCUCUCUGUGUGUGUGUGUGUGUGUGUGUGUGUGUGUCUGUGUGUGUGUGUUUGCUCUCCUCCUCAGCGCCUGGCGUUCUGGUUUGUUGUGUAAACACUUAAACGCUCUGGUCUGUGAAAGAUUACAUUUUUUACAUUUUAGUCAUUUAGCAGACGCUCUUAUCCAGUGCAUACAUAUUUUAUUGUUUUUUCAUACUUAGGAUUAAAUCAAAUCAAAUCAAAUCAAAUUUUAUUGGUCACAUGCGCCGAAUACAACAGGUGCAGACAUUACAGUGAAAUGCUUACUUACAGCCCUUAACCAACAGUGCAUUUAUUUUAAACAAAAAAGUAAGAAUAAAACAACAACAAAAAAGUGUUGAGAAAAAAAAGAGCAGAAGUAAAAAAUAAAGUGACAGUAGGGAGGCUAUAUAUACAAUAGAAUAAAGUGACAGUAGGGAGGCUAUAUAUACAGGGGGGGUACCGUUGCAUAGUCAAUGUGCGGGGGCACCGGCUAGUUGAGGUAAUAUGUACAUGUGGGUAGAGUUAAAGUGACUAUGCAUAAAUACUUAACAGAGUAGCAGCAGCGUAAAAAGGAUGGGGUGGGGGGGCAGUGCAAAUAGUCCGGGUAGCCAUGAUUAGCUGUUCAGGAGUCUUAUGGCUUGGGGGUAGAAGCUGUUGAGAAGUCUUUUGGACCUAGACUUGGCACUCCGGUACCGCUUGCCGUGCGGUAGCAGAGAGAACAGUCUAUGACUAGGGUGACUGGAGUCUUUGACAAUUUUGAGGGCCUUCCUCUGACACCGCCUGGUAUAGAGGUCCUGGAUGGCAGGGAGCUUUGCCCCAGUGAUGUACUGGGCCGUACGCACUACCCUCUGUAGUGCCUUGCGGUCAGAGGCCAAGCAGUUGCCAUACCAGGCGGUGAUGCAACCAGUCAGGAUGCUCUCGAUGGUGCAGCUGUAGAAUUUUUUGAGGAUCUGAGGACCCAUGCCAAAUCUUUUUAGUCUCCUGAGGGGGAAUAGGCUUUGUCGUGCCCUCUUCACGACUGUCUUGGUGUGUUUGGACCAUGAUAGUUCGUUGGUGAUGUGGACACCAAGGAACUUGAAGCUCUCAACCUGUUCCACUACAGCCCCGUCGAUGAGAAUGGGGGCGUGCUCAGUCCUCUUUUUUUUCCUGUAGUCCACAAUCAUCUCCUUUGUCUUGGUCACGUUGAGGGAGAGGUUGUUGUCCUGGCACCACACGGCCAGAUCUCUGACCUCCUCCCUAUAGGCUGUCUCAUCGUUGUCGGUGAUCAGGCCUACCACUGUUGUGUCGUCGGCAAACUUAAUGAUGGUGUUGGAGUCGUGCCUGGCCAUGCAGUCAUGGGUGAACAGAGAGUACAGGAGGGGACUGAGCACGCACCCCUGAGGGGCCCCCGUGUUGAGGAUCAGUGUGGCAGAUGUGUUGUUACCUACCCUUACCACCUGGGGGCGGCCCGUCAGGAAGUCCAGGAUCCAGUUGCAGAGGGAGGUGUUUAGUCCCAGGAUCCUUAGCUUAGUGAUGAGCUUUGAGGGCACUAUGGUGUUGAAUGCUGAGCUGUAGUCAAUGAAUAGCAUUCUCACGUAGGUGUUCCUCUUGUCCAGGUGGGAAAGGGCAGUGUGGAGUGCGAUAGAGAUUGCAUCAUCUGUGGAUCUGUUGGGGCGGUAUGCAAAUUGGAGUGGGUCUAGGGUUUCUGGGAUUAUGCUGUUGAUGUGAGCCAUGACCAGUCUUUCAAAGCACUUCAUGGCUACAGACGUCAGUGCCACGGGUCGGUAGUCAUUUAGGCAGGUUAUCUUAGAGUUCUUGGGCACGGGGACUAUGGUGGUCUGCUUGAAACAUGUUGGUAUUACAGACUCAGUCAGGGACAUGUUGAAAAUGUCAGUGAAGACACUUGCCAGUUGGUCAGCACAUGCUCGGAGUACACGUCCUGGUAAUCCGUCUGGCCCUGCGGCCUUGUGAAUGUUGACCUGCUUAAAAGUCUUACUCACAUCGGCUACGGAGAGCGUGAUCACAUAGUCGUCCGGAACAGCUGGUGCUCUCAUGCAUGCUUCAGUGUUGCUUGCCUCGAAGCGAGCAUAGAAGUGGUUUAGCUCGUCUGGUAGGCUUGUGUCACUGGGCAGCUCGCGGCUGUGCUUCCCUUUGUAGUCUGUAAUAGUUUUCAAGCCCUGCCACAUCCGACGAGCGUCAGAGCCAGUGUAGUAUGAUUCAAUCUUAGACCUGUAUUGACUCUUUGCCUGUUUGAUGGUUCGUCGGAGGUCAUAGCGGGAUUUCUUAUAAGCGUCCGGGUUAGAGUCCCGUUCCUUGAAAGCGGCAGCUCUACCCUUUAGCUCAGUGCGGAUGUUUCCUGUAAUCCAUGGCUUCUGGUUGGGGUAUGUACGUACGGUCACUGUGGGGACGACAUCAUCGAUGCACUUAUUGAUGAAGCCAGUGACUGAUGUGGUGUACUCCUCAAUGCUGUCUGAAGAAUCCCUGAACAUGUUCCAGUCUGUGCUAGCAAAACAGUCCUGUAGCUUAGCAUCUGCGUCAUCUGACCACUUUUUUAUUAGCCGAGUCACUGGUGCUUCCUGCUUCAGUUUUUGCUUAUAAGCAGGAAUCAGGAGGAUAGAGUUAUGGUCAGAUUUGCCAAAUGGAGGGCGAGGGAGAGCUUUGUAUGCGUCUCUGUGUGUGGAGUAAAGGUGGUCUAGAGUUUUUUUCCCCUCUGGUUGCACAUUUAACAUGCUGGUAGAAAUGAGGUAGAACGGAUUUAAGUUUCCCUGCAUUAAAGUCCCCUGCUACUAGGAGCGCUGCAUCUGGAUGAGCGUUUUCCUGUUGAUUAAUGGCCUUGUACAACUCAUUCAGUGCAAUCUUAAUGCCAGCAUUGGUUUGUGGUGGUAAAUAGACAGCUAUGAAAAGUAUAGAUGAAAACUCUCUUGGUAAAUAGUGUGGUCUACAGCUUAUCAUAAGAUACUCUACCUCAGGCGAGCAAAACCUUGAGACUUCCUUAGUAUUUGAUUUUGUGCACCAGCUGUUGUUUACAAAAAUACAGAGACCGCCACCCCUCGUCUUACCCGAGUCUGCCGUUCUGUCCUGCCGAUGUAGCGUAUAGCCUGCGAGCUGAAUGUUGUCAUUGUUGUCAUUCAGCCACGACUCCGUGAAACAUAAGAUAUUACAGUUUUUAAUGUCCCGUUGGUAGGAUAACCGUAAUCUUAAAUCGUCCAUUUUAUUAUCCAAAGCUUGAACGUUGGCUAAUUACCCUCCUAAAGCACGCACGCACACACACACACACACACACACACACACACACACACACACACACACACACACACACACACACACACACACACACACACACGCACACAUACACACAUACGCACACACCUCACCUCACCUCACCUCACCUCACCUCACCUCACCUCACCUCACCUCACCUCACCUCACCUCACCUCACCUCACCUCACCUCUCACAGUCUUAAUAGACCUAUUCAUUGAUAAGCUGGUGUUUCAGCUCUCAGUGUAGAAACAUUCCCAUGUACUUAGACUCCUAUACAGUACAGGUUUAAAUGUUAUAGUGGUCUUAUAUGUCUGAAGGUGAGAGGUCAAGAGGUCAGAGUUCAGUGGUAGUGAGUGACCCUGAUGGGGGGAGUUAGAGUUCCUCUUCAGGACGGUAAACAUUGUGAUAUCCUGUUGGCAACCAGCCAGAUCCCAUCUCUUCAAUACAGACACACACACUGACCUACACACACCUAAACGGAAUACCCCUGCCAGAGUAAAACCAGGAACUCCAGAGAGAAUACGCUUCUUUAUGUGUGUAUGUUGUUGCUGAACCAGCGCUUACAAGUUAUAACUGUCUAACCUUAUAGCUCAGUGUGUGUGUGUGUGUGUGUGUGUGUGUGUAUGUGUGUGUGUAGGUGUUGAACAGGUACUCGUCAGCCCCUCUGAUCCCCGUGGCUCCUGCCCCCCUGGUGUCACUGUUGCCCUCCGUGUCUCUGUUGCCCUCUCCUGGUGGUGUGAGGGACUGCCUCAGGCUGAGGGGGCUGCCCUACACCGCCACCAUAGAGGAUAUACUGGCCUUCCUAGGAGAAUACACACAUGACAUCAGACCACACGGAGUACACAUGGUGGUCAACCAACAGGUAGGUACACACUAUAUGAGCCUGCACACGCACACACACACACACACACACACACACACACACACACACACACACACACACACACACACUACACCUACAGAAACUAGACUUUCCCUGCUGUGUGUGUGUUUGUGUGUGUGUGUGUGCGUAUGUGUGUCUCCAUAGGGUCGUCCGUCAGGGGACUGUUUCAUCCAGAUGCGUUCAGCGGAGCGGGCUUUCUCUGCCUCCCAGCGGGUCCACAAGCAGGUGAUGUCUGGUCCGGGCCAGGCUGGCAAGCGAGGGCUUAACAGUCGCUAUGUGGAGGUGUUCCCCUGUAGCGCUGAAGAGAUGGGUCUGGUGUUGAUGGGAGGCUCCCUCUCACAUACACACACUCACACACACACCCGGACCAGGAGUGGGACAGGGCUCAGCCCGCCGCCAUGUAAGUCCAGACGUAAGUGCUGCUGGGAGCUGGGCGCUUCGGGACCGCAGGGUAGGUGGGCUGCCACAGACCAGGGAAGGGUGAGGGGUUAGAGGUCAGAGGUUAAAUCCUGCCCCCUGUCUUCUUUUCUGUCUGGGUUCUCUCUGAUCUAGAACUCUGGGAGGACAGGAGCAUCUGACCUGACCUGAGGGGUAGGAACCUGGGGUGUGUGUGUGAGUGUGUGUGUGUGCGUGCUUGUGUAGGAAUGCGUGUGUGUUACCCCUUGUUGUGGUUUGUGUAAUUCUGUGUGAUUUUGGUGAAUUUGCAUGCAGGGAGAAAUCUGUAGUUCACUGACUGUUCAUUGUAAACAUAUUUUUCACACACACUCUGAUUAAAAAUAGUCUGUUCCAAUGGUUUGUGUGUGCUUGGCAUGUGUGAGGCCUCUUGCCCAAUUCCAAAUGGAUCCCUUUGUACUGGAAGUAUUGGAUAGGUGUGUAAGCAAUAUUGCAAAAAUGACUUGAGGGUAGGGACUCAGGGUUGAUUUAGGAUUGGGCUUGAGUCUUACAGUUGGAGCGUGUCCAAUCAGUGGGGGUGUGGGAGAGGUGGGCGGAGCUGAGCUCUGGUGUGUAGUCAUGGUGAUGUCUAGUCAUUGAGUUCUGGUGUGUAGUCCCGUGUAGCUCAGUUGGUAGAGCAUGGUGCUUGCAAUGCCAGGGUUGUGGGUUUGAUUCCCACCGGGGACCAGUAUGAAAAUGUGUGCACUCAACACUGUACGUCGCUCUGGAUAAGAGCGUCUGCAAAAAUGUAAAACAAUGUUGGUGAUGUCUAGUCUUCGUUAUGCAGGUGGGGUCAGGAGUCACCCCCAAGCCCAAACACACGUCUGUAGAAUCUAAAGCUACCUGUUGUGUCAGGUGUUCAUUGAGGAGGGUCUCCUAGAAACAAAAAGUCACCGGACCAUGUCACAUAGCCACUGUAGAUGACCCGGAAGCACACUGUAGUCUGCUUACAGCGGCCAUCUUUAGAGGGGACCAGGGGAUCUGUUGUUCUCUGUGUGCCGUGUUGGGCAUAUGUUCUUUCCGUGUCCUUGCCUUGGCGUGUUGUCUAACUCUAUCCCCACUCCCCAGGUCUGUCUCCUCCCUCCUACUCCUUCCCAUCCGCCCCUUCCAUCCUGCCUGCUGAGGCUGCCGGCCUCUUCCCUCCCAUUGGUCAGGUGCUGCUGAGUCCCCGCCCCCUAGGACCUGGACACGCUUACUACCCAGCUAGCACUCAGCUCUACAUGAACUACACUGCAUACUAUCCCAGGUAAGGACUAGUAUGUGUUGUGGGGAAGGACAUACACAAGGGUAGUUAAUGAUAUCAAUGCCCCAGGUAAGAACUAUUAGGCCCAUAAACCAUCCAAUCAUAUAUUGUAAGUGCCUUGGGGGCUGGGGGGGGGGGACAUACACAAAGGUAGUUAAUGACUGAGCAGUGGUGUGGUAUCAGAAGGAACAGCAAACAGCACUAAGACCACAAUGACCUCUCUCUCCCCCCUUCCCUCCUCUCCCCUCUCUCCCCCCUCCCCUCCUCUCCCCUCUCUCUCUCCCCCCUCCCCUCCUCUCCCCUCUCUCUCAGCAUUCAAGUUCAUUUGGAUGUGAUAUCCCUGAUGGAAAAACCACAUGGAGUUGUGUGUUCCAAAAACACAUAUUUUCAUGUGAUCACAUUUGAUCUUAUAUUAAGUUAAUGUGAUAACGUGACAACAUGUAAAGCAACAUGUGAUAACAUUAAACUACACGUGAAAACACGUGAAGUGUUCCAAAAACACAAUUUCACAUGAUUUCACAUGUGGAAUUUCAUAUAAAAUCACGUGAUUUUCCACAUGUGAAAUUAUGUGAUAUUUCCGUAACGGAUAUUUACAGCACGCACCUCAUGGCAUUUCAGGAUGUAUAAUACUCUUUUUGUUAUGGCCUCUCCAACUCACUCUUUAUAUCUCACCCUCUCUCUCUCCUCUCUUCUCCCCCUCCCUCUCUCCAGUCCCCCAGGUUCUCCCAACACUAUAGGGUACUACCCCUCUCCCUCCCCUCUGCCCUCCCCUGGGGGAGUGGUCCGUAUGCAUGGGCUCGCCUACAAAGAACUGCUCAACACCAUUCAGGGAUACCAGGUAAACAGUGUGUGUGUGUAUGUGUGUGUGUAUGUGUGUGAGUGUGCACUUGGACGUGUUUAACUAUACUUAUGGGGAAGAGAAUGGUUAGUUUUAGGGUUAGGGUUAGGAGCUAGGGUCGAGUUGAGUUAAGUUAAUUUUUAUUUUUACAGGGACAGUGUAUUAAUCAACGUUUCAGUAAAAGUGCCAGUUUUAGCCAGCCGGCUCAUUUUCAACCGCAGUCCCUGGGCAGGUUAUUAAAAACUAUUACAAUAACAAUACAGACAAACAAUAAGCAGUGAGCACAUGCAGAGCAACAUAGGUUAGGGAUAGGGUUAAGGUUAGGUUUUGGUGUUAAGGUUAGGGUUAAGGUUAGGGUAAGGUUUAGGGUAAGGGUAAGGGUUAGGUUUAGGGUUAGGGGUUAGGAAAGAUAGGAUUUUGAAUGGGACUGAAUUGUGUGUCCCCACACGGUUAGUUAUACAAGUCUGUGUGUACAUUCAUGUGUGUUAGAGAAAGUGUGUGUGUGUGUGUGUGUGUGUGUGCAAUGUGACCGGUAUGGUAUGUGUUGCCGUGCCCUCUCAUGUCUCACGGUCGAUCCAAAGGAAGUAUUCAAAUCUGCUAUUGGAGGAGUGUACUAUACUGUCAGGCAUCCACUGUGUUUGCCUGGAGGCUAUCAAACGAGUUAGUCAGGUCUACCCUCCCUAUUCUGUCCUCUCCCUCUGCCUCCCUCCCAAACACCCACAGGCAUUAUGUAGGGUGGAGCUCCACUGCCUGCAUGGACUUGAUUUACAAGAGGCUGCUCCUCACUGAUACACUAGGAAAUAGACAACGAGUUCAGCCUGUGCUAAUGAACACUAGUUUGAAAGUUGAAGUGAUACUAUAUACUGUAGAUAAAUCACAAGUAAGCAACUUGCAAAGGCUGACUCUUCUGAACACACAGCCCAGCCCAGCCCAACCCAACCCAACCCAGCCUGUCUGUCUCUGUCUCAGUCCCCUGUGUCUCUGUCCCCCCCAACACUAUAGUACGCUACUGAGGAUGGCCUUGUGCACGCUCAUGCUAACGUGCAUGAUCACGAUCCCUCCCGGACCCUGCUCACGCAGCCCAAAGAGUGGGUGUGUAUUUAAGGGGUGUGUCCUAGGCAGGCGGAAGGUAAGGAUUGGCUGACAGGGUCAUGGUGUGUGUUUCUCCUCUCUUUCAUCUCCGGGACGACGUGGUUAUGGGUGUGGUCUGAGAUUCCGGGUUACUAGGGGGUCACGGGGUAGAGUCUAGCUAGGGGGGAUUUCAAUGCCCCAAACCACACACUGUAAAAAAAGAUUAUGGUUCUAGAUUCCACCAGAGAAUGUGUGUUGAUCGGGACACAGAGUAGAAGUGUCACCCCAACCACUGGUCCAGGAUCAGAUGUGUUCUACCCCCUGAUGGAUCACAUUAGGAUUGUGUGUGUGGGGUAAUCUGAUCCUAGAUCUGUGGCAACCAGCUGCAAUAGGAUUGUGAGUUUGCUCAACAACAUUUUUGUUGAGCAAACUCACAAUCCUAUUCCAGCUGAUUUCCUUCUUCUUGACAUCUUUUUUUACAGUGCAGAUAUAGGAUCAGAUUACCUCACACACCCAAUCCUAACCUCAGAUCUAGGAUCAGAUUACCCCACACACCCAAUCCUAACCUCUAGGAUCAGAUUACCCCACACAGUCAAUCCAAACCUCAGAUCUAGGAUAAGAUUACCCAACACACCCAAGGAUCAGAUUACCCCACACACCCAAUCCUAACGUGAACCAUCAGGAGGUAGAAAACAUCUGAUCCUGGACCAGUGGUUGGGAGGAACUUCUUUGUCCCGAUCAACACAACAUUAUCUGGUGGAAACUAGAACCGUACCUGUUCUAUAUGGUCAAUUUCUACACUACCAGUCAAAAGUUUGGACACACCUACUCAUUCAAGGGUUUUUCUUUAUUUUUACUAUUUUCUACAUUGUAGAAUAAUAGUGAAGACAUCAAAACUAUGAAAUAACACAUAUGGAAUCAUGUAGUAACCAAAAAAGUGUUAAACAAAUCCAAAUAUAUUUUAUAUUUGAGAUUCUUCAAAGUAGACACCCUUUGCCUUGAUGACAGCUUUGCACACUCUUGGCAUUCUCUCAACCAGCUUCAUGAGGUAGUCACCUGUAAUGCAUUUCAAUUAACAGGUGUGCCUUCUUAAAAGUAAAUUUGUGGAAUUUAUUUCCUUCUUAAUGCGUUUGAGCCAAUCAGUUGUGUUGUGACAAGGUAGGGGGGGGGUAUACAGAAGGAGCCCUAUUUGGUAAAAGACCAAGUCCAUAUUAUGGCAAGAACAGCUCGAAUAAGCAAAGAGAAACAACAGUCCAUCAUUACUUUAAGACAUGAAGGUCAUUCAAUCCGGAACAUUUCAAGAACUUUGAAAGUUUCUUCAAGUGCAGUCGCAAAAACCAUCAAGCGCUAUGAUGAAAUUGGCUCUUAUGAGGACCGCCACAGGAAUGGAAGACCCAGAGUUACCUCUGCUGCAGAGGAUAAGUUCAUUAGAUUUACGAGCCUCAGAAAUUGCAGCCCAAACAAAUGCUUCACAGAGUUCAAGUCACAGACACGUCUCAACAUUAACUGUUCAGAGGGGACUGUGUGAAUCAGGCCUUCAUAGUCGAAUUGCUGCAACGAAAACACUACUAAAGGACACCAAUAAGAAGAAGAGACCUGCUUGGGCCAAGAAACACGAGCAAUGGACAUUAGACCGAUGGAAAUGUGUCCUUUGAUCUGGAGUCCAAAUUGGAGAUUUUUGGUUCCAACCACCGUGUCUUUGUGAGACACAGUGUUUGUGAAUGGAUGAUCUCCGCAUGUGUAGUUCCCACCGUAAAUCAUGGAGGAGGAGUUGUUAUGGUGUGGGGGUGCUUUGCUGGUGACACUGUCUGUGAUAUAGUUAGAAUUCAAGGCACACUUAACCAGCAUGGCUACCACAGCAUUCUGCAGCGAUACACCAUCUGGUUUGGCCUUAGUGGGACUAUCUUUUGUUUUUCAACAGGACAAUGACCCAACACACCUCCAGGCUGUGUAAGGGCUGCAAUAGAUGACCUGACCUCCACAAUCCCCCGACCUCAACCCAAUUGAGAUGGUUUGGGAUGAGUCGGACGGCAGAGUGAAGGAAAAGCAGCCAACAAGUGCUCAGCAUAUGUGGGAACUCCUUCAAGACUGUUGGAAAAGCAUUCCAGGUGAAGCUGGUUGAGAGAAUGCCAAGAGUGUGCAAUGCUGUCAUCAGGGCAAAGGGUGGCUAUUUGAAGAAUCUCAAAUAGAAAAUAUAUUUGUUUACUACAUGAUUCCAUAUGUGUUAUUUCAUAGUUUUGAUUUCUUCACUAUUAUUCUACAAUGUAGAAAAUAGUACAAAAUAAAGAAAAACCCUUGAAUGAGUAGGUGUGUCCAAACGUUUGACUGGCACUGUACCUGCUGCUGUCUGACUCAGCCCUUCCAAGGUGUGUUCCCCCUUUCCUCCUUGGGGCAUUGUAGUGUGCUAGAUAGUGUUAUCAGUGGUGUACUAGUGUGUUAGGUGGGGAGGUGGUGGACUAAGUGAUGGAAUCCUCUGGUGCUGGGACAAGACAACCUUCAAACCACAUAGACUCCUUUCCUUGUACGAUCACUUCCUGUCUCUAUCUUCCUCCCCCUCUCUCCCUGCCUUUCUCCCUCUCUCUGUAGAGUCCUAUGGAGGCAUUGCCUGUCCUGAGCGGUAUGAUUGGUCAGUCCAGCAGUGGUGAUGCUCUGAUGCCCUUUCCCCCUCUCCUGACCAAGCAGGGAGGGUACUACCUGGACCGAAACAUGCUGUAGAAGGCUCAAAGAUCCCCACACUGUCGCACACUACCCAUUACACACACACUAUACCAGGGGUGUCAAACUCAUUUUACCCCGAGGGCCACAUUGGGUUUUCACCCAGGUCUGGAGGGCCACACUGAAAAUUGGUUAUAUGUACUUUUAUUUUAUUUUAUAAGAAAUGGCUCGCUAUAUUAAACUGUGCUGAAAGUUUGACACUCCUGCACUACACUAUCACACAACACACACAACACACACAACGAAAACACACACACACACCAAAGGAUAUGUGGGGGAAUGUCCUGGCCUCCAGUUCCUAGUCUGAGUUGUAUAUACAGUGAAUAUGCGUGAGAGCAGAAAUGUAUUUUAUAUCAGAGCUUUGCCUCAGCCAAAAUGCAACUCUGUCUUAUAUUGCACACACUAUUUUAAAAAAGCUUUGUAGAGAUGUUAGAAGUAUUAGAACCACUUCAGGAGAUGUUUGUUAGAAGUAGAGCUGCGUUUAGUAGUAAUUAUUGAUCUGAACCUUUCUUCAUGACAUGUGUGUAUGUGUGUAAGUGCGUGUGGAUGUAUGUGUGUGUGUGUGUGUGAGAGAGAGAGAUCGAGAGAGAGAGAGAAAGAGGA